AUGUCCGCCAGCACCUUCUCGAACUGGGCGAAUCUGGUCGAUGCUUGCCAGGACUACGCUCAAAGGUCGGGCUGGCGCUUCAACCGCGUAGAGUUCAUGCGGCUCGAUGGGCCGCAGCCCAACGCGGCGCUGCACGAGGCGCGGCUGCGUGCGAUGCCGGCCGUGCUCGAGUACGGGCAGCGGCUGCAGUCGGCGGCGGAGGUUGGCUCGUCAGAGUCGGAGCUGCUGCAAGAGUUCCUCUGCUGCCAGAAGCUGGUCUCCUCCGAGGCUGUCCUCAACGCCAUCAUCUCCAUCUGCAAGGCGCUCGAGCUGCCCGGCUUCGACGGCAAGGCGACGGCCGGCCGCGGCAGCGGCAGCGGUUUCGACGUUGCGUACCACGACAUGACGGCACCUCUCGAGGUGAUCGCGCGCCGCCUCCGCAAUCACCUCGCCAUGAUCGACGCCAACGAGGAGGCGCGCGAGCGGCGCAACGCGCGCGUGCUGCAGGCGUCGUUCAUCACCGAGUUUGGGCUCGAGCACGGGCUGCCGGAGGUGCGCGACCCGACGGCGGAGGCGAUGCUCUCGGACUUUCUGCUCCGCGUGACCGAGUGGGGCCGCCGCGACAGGGCCUCAGCCGAGCGCGUCAAGUCGCUCAACCUCGAGGGGCAGGUCCCGCCCGGCCGCGCCCACGCCGCCACCCGCGCCGCGCUCUCGAGGUGGGUGGAGCAGAACCAGCGCGAGGUGCUGAUUGGCGGGGCGGUCGCCGUCGCCAGCCUCGCCGUCGGCGCCGCCCUCUUUGCAGGGCUGGCCAAGGGACGGCGCUGA